AUGUCGCUCACGUGGCUCCGCCACCACGUGCGCCCGCGCGACCGCCACGUCCCGCGUCCCCAGCGCGUCAGCCACCCGCGCCUCAUUGCAACGGCCGCACGCCCACGUCGCCGGGCGCCCGCGGCCUUAACGCCCGCUGUCACGUACGACAGUUCGUUCGUGGCCGACCGCAGCGUCACGUCGCGCGACGCGCUCUGGCGCAGCGCCGCGCAGCUCGCGCAGCAGUGCGUGCGGCUCCAGUGGCGCGUCGUGGCCACGCGCAAAGACGGCAACUGCCUCUUCCGCGCGCUCAGCGACCAGCUCUACGGCCACGAGCGCCGCCACUUGGAGCUCCGUCGGCGGCUCGUGGACUUUAUCGAUCUGCACCACGCGCGCUUUGCGCCGCUCGUGGCCGACGUCUGCGACGACGACGUCAUCGCGUACUGCGCGCGGCUGCGGCACGCGGGCGCCGCGGGCGGCCACGCAGAGCUCGUGGCGGCGGCACAGCUACUGGGGCUCACGAUUGUCGUGCACGUGGGUCCGGUCAAGCGGUGGCGCGUGGCGGACGCGGCCGAAGCCGCGGCGGCCAAAGAGGGACAGGGGAAGACCGUGAACCUCUUGUUGGUGCACGACCACUACAGCAGUUUGUACAAAGACGAGCAGCAGCCGCAUUCGCACGGAUGUAGUGACUCGUGUUUGUGUCGACGUCUUGUGGCGGCGCCGUCGAGUGACAGUCGCGCGUCACUUGGGACGUACGCGACGGAACGGCUCGAGUCAGCCGAGGGGCGGACGGGCAGUGACCGCUGCUGGUCGGCGGACGCGCCGCUGCGUAGCUCGUUGACCGGCGGGCGACCGGUUGAUGGGACGGUCGAGAAACGCGGACGCGGCGCGAAAGAAGCCAAAGGCGCGUACGGCCGCAAGUCUGUGCCGGACGCGGACACGCGGCGGCGCCAAUGCGACGACGACAGUCCCGUGCACAAGAAGCUGCAGACGGCGGUGGUGGCUGCAGGUGGGGGUGGCGCGCCACAUGAGCUUUUGUUAGCCCCAGAGCUACCACCGGAUGCCUUAGUCGAGCGCGGGACGUCGGCGUUGGCGCCUGUGGCGGACGUUGCGUCCGUGAUGCGAUCGGGAUCAAGUGCUGUUGUUAAUGGGGCGUCCAGUCGACCAAAGGCGCCGGCAGCUCCUGGUGGAGUCAGUAAGCCCGAGGCGAGUGGGAAUGCUGGACGGGGUAGCAGUUGUAGUAGUAGUAGUAGUAGUAGUCAAUCAACGCUGAGGGACGCAGAGAAAACAAAGAGCCCUGGCGUGGUCCUGUUUGAGCCAGCAGCACUAGAGCCGAUGGUCAAGCCACAGGCCGCGCUAGUGGUGCUCUUUGACCCGGAGAGGUCGUCGGAACCGGGACCAGCGCCGAGUCGACUGGCCAAGAAAGCAGCAAUGGCUACUGCUGUGCGAGUCGUGAGGCCAACGUCGGCCAAGAUUGUGCAACUGGACGGAACGGAGCUCGAGACGAGAGUGGGGACCCACAAGAAAGUCGCCGCAGCGACUCAGCGCAGUGUGCAUCGCCCGUGUCGUGCGGUGUUCGAGGGUGGACGACGACGGCGGUCCAGUGCAUGUGCACGUGCAUCGGUCCAGGACGUCACGACUGGCUUGAACAAUGCUGCCCCUGCGGCAAGAACGGUCACGGUCAAGUUACCAAAGACUGCCGUGAAAGCUGAAGCGGCCGCCGUCAAGCCUAUUGCCAAGGCCACGCCGGCAGCAAGUGCGAUUGAACCCGUGGCUGCUGCGAAGCCGAAUGUGCCGGCACCGCGUCCAGUGGAGAUCAAGAGGUCGAGCAAGAAAGUUUUUUGCCAGGGCCGUCUUGUCGCCGCAGGUUGA